CCAUGGGCAUCCACAGCGAGUCGCCGUCGAACGCGAGCUGGCUGGCACCCUCGCCAAACCUACGCGUCAACAGCACCGCGCUCAUCAAGCGCCCCUACAUGCACAAGCUGGCUCACUUGGAUGAGGAGCUUUUCGACGAGUACCACUCCCUGUGGCUCACGCUGCUCUCCGUGAGUGUCGUGGUGAGCCUCGCUGGACUCGUCGCCAACUCGGCCGCCCUUUGGGUCUUCUGCUGCCGCACCCGCGCCAAGACGGCACCGGUCGUCUACACGCUCAACCUCGUCGCCGCCGACCUCCUCCUGAGCCUUGCCAUCCCGGCGCGCGUCCUCAUGUACGCGAGCCGAGGCCGCUGCCUCGCCUGCUCGCACGCGCACGUGUUCCUGUACUUCGUGAACAUGUACGCGAGCGUGUUCUUCCUCACCUGCAUCGGGGUCGACCGCUACAUGGCCAUCGUGCACCCGCUCGCCUCCAAGCGCUGGCGGCGGCCUCGCUGCGCCGUCGUCAUAAGCGCCGUCCUCUGGACCCUCGCCACGGUCAUCACCACGUCGGUCCUCACCAUGGCGAUCAAGUUCUCCGCCUGCUGCUACUUCAAGCUCUUUAUGCUGUCCCUCUUCGAGUUCUUCUUGCCGUUCGCCGUCACGGCGUUCGUGACGGCGCGCAUGCUGUGCGCUCUCCGGCGCAGCGGCGGCGGCGGUGUCGUCGGUUCAUCCUCCUCCUCGGGCUCCCGCGAGAAGCUGCGUCGCGCCGUGCGUCUCCUCGUCGCCGUCUUCGUCGUCUUCGCCGUCUGCUUCGUGCCCUUCCACGUGCGCCAGGUCGUCCUCUUCGGCCACGACGCCGUCGACGAGGCCACCGCGCUCGUCGCCUACCACGUGACGCUCACGCUGAGCAGCUUCAACUGCGUCCUCGACCCCGUCGUCUACUGCUUCGUGACGAAGCGUUCGCGCGACGCGCUGCGCUCGCUGUUCGCCCGCGGCCCCAAGCGCGGGGGGGACGCCGCGGUCGAGAAGGACGCGGCGCUCGGGACCGGCGCCGGCGACGCGACCGGCGUCACCGCGACGGACGUCAGUCGCGGGCAGGCGACGUCCGAGACGGAUAUGUGAUGCCUGGCGGGGCGGGUGGGUGGCAGAGGUCGCAACCGGGUACCCGAUACCCGUACCCUACCCGAUACCCGGCUACCAGUACCCAGUGGAGGAGGAGGAGGUGGAGGAGGAGGAGGUGGAGACCCUGGUGCGGCCGGGUACGGGUAACGGGUAGGCCGUGAGUCACUGGUGAGUAGCCGUUUGUCACUCAUUUCGGGUAGGGUACGGGUAGGGGUCGGGAACGGGUACCCAUUUGCGACCCUGGUGCGGCCGGGUUCGGGUAAGGAAUCAAAACCCGUUUGCGACCUCUGGUGGGUGGGGAGAGGCAGAGGAGGAGGGAGGAGGCAAGAGGAUGAAUCGGAGCAAAGUCGAGGGCCGUGUUAGGUGGUGGAGGAGGAGGUGGAGGAGGAGGUGGAGGAGGAGGAGGGGGAGGAGAGUGCGAGUCGGGCUGGAGAGAGACGUGUGGCAGGACAGGAAGUAGCACCACCACAACCACCACCAGCACCACCACCACCACCACAACCACCACCAGCACCACCACUACACCAGCACACCACCACCUCACCACCACCUCACCACCACACCACCACCACCACACCACCACCACCACCACCACACCACCACCACACCACCACCACACCACCACACCACCACCACACCACCACCACCACACCACCACCACCACUACCACACCACCACCACCACUCCACCUCACCACCACUACCACACCACCACCACCACCACCACACCACUAUCACACCACCACCACAUGAACACCUUGGCUACUCCAGUGUGUUCACGCUGUGUGUAGUGUGUUCACGCUGUGUAUAUUGUGUUCACGCUGUGUGUAGUGUGUUCACGCUGUGUGUAGUGUGUUCACGCUGUGUGUAGUGUGUUCACGCUGUGUGUAGUGUGUUCACGCUGUGUGUAGUGUGUUCACGCUGUGUAUAUUGUGUUCACGCUGUGUGUAGUGUGUUCACGCUGUGUGUAGUGUGUUCACGCUGUGUGUAGUGUGUUCAAGCUGUGUGUAGUGUGUUCACGCUCUGUGUAGUUUAACCCCAGUGUGUUCACGCUGUGUGUAGUGUGUUCACGCUGUGUGUAGUGUGUUCACGCUGUGUGUAGUGUGUUCACGCUGUGUGUAGUGUGUUCACGCUGUGUGUAGUGUGUUCACGCUGUGUGUAGUUUAACACUUGUGUGUUCACGCUGUGUGUAGUGUGUUCACGCUGUGUGUAGUAUAACCCCAGUGUGUUCACGCUGUGUGUUGUGUGUUCACGCUGUGUGUAGUGUGGUCACGCUGUGUGUAGUGUGUUCACGCUGUGUGUAGUAUAACCCGUGUGUUCACGCUGUGUGUUGUGUGUUCACGCUGUGUGCAGUGUGUUCACGCUGUGCGUAGUGUGUUGACGCUGUGUAUAGUUUAACCCUAAUGUGUUCACGCUCUGUGUAGUGUGUUCACGCUGUGUGUCGUGUGUUCACGCUGUGUGUAGUUUAACCCUUGUGUAUUCACGCUGUGUGUAGUGUGUUCACGCUGUGUGUAGUGUGUUCACGCUGUGUGUAGUGUGUUCACGCUGUGUGUAGUUUAACACGAGCUCUCUAUACAACCCCCACCCUACACGUGCCCAGUCACGUGCCCCACCACGUGCCCAGUCACGUGCCCGUCACAAUAUCGCCUCACGUGGAUUCGUCGAGAUUUCGUAACCGUUGCACAAUUGAUCGUUUUCUUUUUUUAAACAUAUAUCUACUGUGAUAAUAUUAUGUUGUUAUAACAUUUCUGCUGAACGUAGCGGCCUAUAGGGGCCGUCCAUAAAUGACGUCACACGGCGUCACAAAAAGUCAGA